GCCCCCGCUCCCCCGCCGCGAUGUCCGGGUCAUACAGCCCGACCUUCUUCAUGCACUUCCCCAAGUACCACGCGCCGCACCUGAAGCCCGGGGAGGAGGCGAAGGACCCAGGCGACGAGAUGCGGCCGAAGUGCUUGGCGGCGUGCAGCUCGUGGCUCACGGAGUACAACUCCUGCGUCCAGCGCAUCUCCAUGCGCACGGACGGCAAGGGUGACUGCAAGGGCCAGUUCGAGGAGCUCAGCCAGUGCCAGGACCACUGCGUCGCGCACGAGCUGUUCGGGCACCUGAAGUUCCUGCGCGAAUUCCAUGAGCGGGAGGGCGCGUCCGUGGGGGACGAGGCUCAUGCCCUGGAGGAGUCUGCUGUCAAGGAUCGUUACAAGCAUUGGUGCGAGUGGGCAACUAAAGAGGCCGCCAGAGGCUCUGCCGCUGCGCUCCGUUUCAUUCGUGGGGAUGGCUCUUGGUUGGAGUUUCAGGUCGACCCCGAGGAGACCGAGGUGCAGCAGAAAAGUCGUGGGGCGCGCCGCUCGCGCAGCGCGCGCGGUGCGAUCAGGAAGCCGCCGAAGAAGAAGGCGAAGAAGCGCGCGGCGAAGGACGCGGACAAGGAGGACCAGGUGGGCAACCCCAAGUUGGUGGCAAUCCCCCGGCCAGACGACGCAGGCUCCGACGAAGAGGACCCCGAGCUGUACGAGCAGCUGUCCAAGCAGCGCCGGCUGGUGCGGCGGUCAGACGCAGGCGCCAUGCGGAAGGGCGAGGCCGCCCUCGCGACCGUGCAGGAGCGCAUCCAGAGCAUCGAGGCCGACGUCGACAAGGCCAAGGAGGACGAGCCGGCGGCCGCGGCGAAGGGCGACGGCAAGGAGGCCAUGACGGCCACCACGGAGUUCUGCAACGUGGUGCAGACGCCGCUGGAGAAGAUCGAGACCUUGAAGCACGAAGCCUUCCGCGGCUCGACACUGUACAAACAGCAGGCGGUGCAGCGCAAGGGCUUGGCGAAGAAGGGCGCGCGCGUGACGGCCCACAACGAGGAGCACAUCAGCAAGGAGCAAGCCGAGGAGGAGGCGGACACCCUCAAGGAGGACUCCCUCGACUUGAGCUGUGCCAGCGGCCUGGCUUACUUGCGGGCCCGCGACCAGAUCGGCUGCGACCAGGAGUCCCACAAGCUCCGCAAGACCGACAAUCGGCCGCUCGAGAUGUCGACGGUGGACGGCGAUAUCAAGCUCGAGUACCGCGACGACUUCGGGCGCGUCCAGACACCCAAGGAGGCUUUCCGAGCCAUCUCCUGGAAGUUCCACGGCAAGACCCCCGGCAGGAAGAACAUGGAGCGCCGCAUUCUCCGGCUCGAGAACGAGAUGAGACUGAAGUCCAUGGACCCCCUCACGCAGCUCCCCACGCUGAGGGCCUUGCGCCACGUCCAGCACGCGGACGCCAAGCCGUACAUGGUGCUCAGCGGCGCGAACGAGAAGUGA